GCAGAAGGACAUAGAAGGGAGUUAAAGUAUGAAAAUAGCCUUCUGGGGUUGGAUGUGUGAGUUGACACAAGGGAGGAGAAAUACGCUUAUUUGUUCAGGCUUAGGACAGAGUUGUAUGACCUGACGAUGAAUUUAUAAUGCUGGAAAUCAUCACAGGUGCGUCAUUUCCUCCACUGACGUCCAGCAGUCCAUGAACAUUGCUGAAUAUAGCGGGUCUGUUUGGUCUGACAUACUUGUCGUCGAGUGCAUGAUGCAUGGCAAACGGAGGAUGCAGCUUUGUCAAGUGUUGAUUUUAGUGAAUAAUUUUACAGUAAGGCCACAAGAUCUGGGCAAGAGAGGGAUAAAAUGUUGGAGAGUAGAGGUUUCAGUUGAUCAAAAAAGUUUGUGAGAUCCAAAUAAUUUAAAAUACUGUAAGAUUGCGUUUAUUUGAGCGCUUAUGAGGAUGCUGCAGGUAGAGUAAGAGAGAAAGUUGGUAGAUGGUGGUCAGAGAGAGGAAAGGGGAAGUUAGGGAAAUUGGAAACAGCAAAGAAAUUGGUGAAGACCAGGAAAAUUGCGUUGCCUUCACAGUGGGUUGGAGUUGCUGUUCCAGUGGACAUGCCAAAAGAGGUGGUAAGAGAUAGAUAGAAGUUUAAAGGCAGCAGGCAUGUUAGAAUUGUUGUCAAUGGGUAUGUUGAAGUCCCCUAAGAUGAGAGAAGGGACAUCAUAAGAAAGGAAUUGUGGGAACCAGGUUCAAAGCGGGCUUGAAAAUGUGAUCCUGGACCAGGAGGCCGAUAGAUAACAGCAACACGGAGAGCAAUAUGGGAGAAGAGGCAGAUAGCAUGAACUUCAAAAGAUAAGAAAGAAAGAAAGAAAGAAAGAAAGAAAGGGAGGGAGGGAAAAAAUAGUGUCUGUCCCUGGCCUGGGAGUUUGACUAAAAUUCAAGCCGCCAUAGGACAGAGAGGCUACAGCAGUUAUGUUAGAGUAAUAAUAAUAACUAGUAUUUAUAUAACGCCUUUCUCCCAGCUCACUCUCGGAAUUAACCAAAUCAUCGGCUGAAUAGUAAUAGUUGCUAUUAUUACCCAAUUUAAUGAUACUCAUUUUAUCAACCUUGGAAGGAUGAAGGGCUGAGUCGGCCCUGCCGGGAUUUGAAUCUGUGAUCUUUGAAUAGGCUUUUGUAGUCAGGGCAUUUUACCAACUCAGCUACCUCACCGGCAUAGGAGUAGGAGAGACAAGUAUCUGUGAGGACUAAUAGGUUGUUAUUGUGAAGUGAAUUUGUUUACAGAGCGUGCAUUUUAAAGGGCACAAGAGAAUUGUGUGGUAUUAACAGUAGUGCAGUUUAUGAGGUUGAGAGGUUUAUGAGGACAAGGUUUUGGAGGAUGUCAGUCUUGUCUAACUAAUGUUGUGUCUGGUUUACAGGAGAGGAACCUAAGGAGGAGUGUAACUAGCCCGGCUUCUGUAUCUGAAUGGCUGAAUUCUGAUUACACUAGUGUGGAUCUCAGUGUAGAAGAAAAAUGUGGUGAAAACAAGGAGCUGGAUCCAGCCAGGCAGCGGACCUGGAGUGUUCGUACUUUUAAUAACAUACUAACUCCAAUACCCCAGCUUCAAAUGAAAUGGCCUGGCCGAACGUCCAGUGGAUCAUUCACUAAACUCGUUAACAACGGUUGCACAGCACCAUGUCCAGGGAAACCUGGUAGAGCUGGCUCAGUUGCGCAAAUAGAGAGCAGCCGUUUGUAUUCUGAUUCCUCAGCAAGUAAUGCUUCUUACCCUCUAACCAGUUCAGCACAACAGCAGCGCAAGUUUCCAUCUUGCAACCUCAAAAAGUCUUGCUUUGCUUUUCUAAAUGGUUCACCUGAAUGUGUACGUGUUGAGGAAACUGGUGGUCUCCAUGAGAAUCACAAUCUGUGCCACAAGCCUCAAGAGGACUUUACAUGGUCAACUAAAAGCACAUUCCCUAGAGGUGGUCGAGUUAAAGAGCCGCCUCUGGAUUUAGAAAUGGCAAAGGCUGUGUUUGUGAUUUGCGAGGAGGCAGAUGACCAGCAACCUUUAGUAUUGGAUGACCAGCUGAGUACCAGUGGAUAUUCCCAGUCUGCAAAGAAAGACUCCGGAACCAUAAAAUGCAAGGCAGAUAUCCACUCAAUUAAACCCACAGAAGUUGUUUCUGACCUUGGCCCUUGGAUAAAUUCACCUGAAGGCUACAGGUGCCAGCACACAGCAGACAUGCUGACAUUGGCAUCUGCAGAUAACCAGAGCAAAAGGAAUAGCACAGAUAUUGGCAGACAUGAAUCUGAAUUUGAUGCAAACUCUCUAUCCCAGCAGGAGCUGACAACAGACAGAGUCAUCCUGAAGCACCACACACCUGUGUGCCAGCAUGCAGUUACAUCCAAUGAUCUGGGCAUUCCAUGUAGCUCAGAGAAGACUUCUUAAGUAAACUGUUACACAGCAAUUUUGACCAACAGAUUGCUUUGUGUUGUAGCCAUUGCCUCUAUUUUUAAGGGAUGUUCUCCAGAAUACUAAAAUCAGUGGUAACUGAUGUAUUAAAGGACACUAUAAUAUGAAAGGAGAACAUUUUUUGCAAAACUUACAUACGUUUCCCACUAAAUAUUGUAUUUUAAAUCUGUCCACACUGACAAAAUAACAUACUUUUUUCUAGGGGGACAACUGCAAAUGAAUGCACGGUGCGCCUCCCCCCUUUUAAGAUAAAUAUUAUUAUAUAUAAUACAUAAAUAAUGUUUAAAUAUUAAACUGAAGUAACGCACAAGGAGGCACAUAACAGCACUGCACAAAUCCCAUAAAUUGAACUACGCACAAAUGGAGAACAACAUAUUAUGGUAUAGCACUGUGUUAUCUAUGUUAUUUAAUAUAAAAUACUAUUAGAAUGCUCUUUAAAUACAAAUUGUUUGCUUUUGUAUGGGUAUGUUCUUACAAUUUGCACAUCUGCCUAUGUAGGACUUUACAUUUUAUCCCACCUUAAAGAUAACCGAGUCGUUAUAUGAUUA